AUGGAGGGUAAUUCAAAUGGCACUUCUUAUCUUAUGGCUUUUGGAGAAAACAGUGGUGGGCUAUGUCCAAUGAUGAUGACGCCUUUAGUGACUUCUCAUCAUGGCAGUCAUCAUCCAACAAAUCCUAAUCUUAAUAAUAAUAUUAAUAAUAAUGCAAACACAAACUGUCUCUUCCUUCCUAUGCCUUCCACUAGUAACCACGACCUAAACUGUAAUAAUAGUGGAAGCCCUUCUAUCAUGCCUGAGAAUAACCACAACAACACCAUCACCACCAACAACAACAACACUGGGUUAGGGUAUUAUUUCAUGGAGAGCGACCACCACAACAACACUAACACUGGAAGCUCCUCCUCCUCUUCAUCUUCUGCUGCCAAGGCCAAGAUCAUGGCCCAUCCUCACUAUCACCGUCUCUUGGCAGCCUACAUCAAUUGUCAAAAGGUUGGAGCACCACCUGAAGUGGUGGCAAGGUUAGAAGAAGCAUGUGCAUCUGCAGUGAGAAUGGCAGGAAAUUCUGCUGGAUCAGCCUGCAUAGGUGAAGAUCCUGCUCUGGAUCAGUUCAUGGAAGCUUACUGUGAGAUGCUGACCAAGUACGAACAAGAGCUCUCCAAACCCUUAAAGGAAGCCAUGCUCUUCCUUCAAAGGAUCGAGUGCCAGUUCAAAAAUCUUACUAUUUCUUCUUCGGACUUUGCUUGUAAUGAGGCUACUGAUAGGAAUGGAUCAUCUGAAGAAGAUGUUGAUAUACACAACAUGGUAGAUCCCCAGGCAGAGGACAGGGAAUUAAAGGGUCAGCUUUUGCGCAAGUACAGUGGAUACUUGGGUAGUUUGAAGCAGGAAUUCAUGAAGAAGAGGAAGAAAGGAAAGCUACCUAAAGAAGCAAGGCAACAAUUACUUGAAUGGUGGAGCAGACAUUACAAAUGGCCUUACCCAUCUGAAUCACAGAAGCUGGCUCUUGCAGAGUCAACAGGUCUGGAUCAGAAGCAAAUUAACAACUGGUUUAUUAAUCAAAGGAAACGGCACUGGAAGCCUUCAGAGGACAUGCAGUUUGUGGUGAUGGAUCCUAGCCCUCAACACUAUUACAUGGAUAAUGUUCUGAGCAAUUCCUUUCCCAUGGAUCUCUCCAACCCCAUGAUCUAG